GAAUAUCACCAAAUACAAUUCCAAAAGCUUCCUGUUUCACGUCUCCAUCUCAAAAAUUCAUCAAUGGAACUCAAGAAAUUCCUGUCAAUUCCCAUUCUAUGUGUGUUAAGUUUUGUGGGUUUUCUUUACUAUUUCACAAUUUUCAUUUUCUUGGAUGAUUUGUUGAGUUUACAGAGCUCAGAUGGCAAAUUUCACUCUUUUUUCUUCACUUUCAUGGCUUGUUUGUGUGUAUUCAGUUUCUUUGUUUGUGUUCUCAAAGACCCAGGUGGGGUUCCUUUUUCAUAUCUUCCUGAUGUUGAAGAUCAUGAAGCUUCAGAUCAAGAAUCCAAAAGAUCUGGUUUGCUUAAGAAGAAAUGUGACAAGUGUUCGGAAUACAAGCCUCCCAGGGCUCAUCAUUGCCGUGUUUGCAGAAGGUGUAUUCUGAGGAUGGAUCAUCAUUGUGCCUGGAUAAACAAUUGUGUUGGUCAUAGGAACUACAAGGCUUUUGUAGCUUUAAUCUUCUAUACAACUAUUACUACAAUCUAUUCCUUGGUUAUAUUGGUAAGAGAUGCACUUCAUAAGGAUUGGAAUUUCGAUGGAGUGAUGCAUCUCAAGCUAUUUUACAUUGCAACUGGUGUUGUACUUAUUGGCGUAAGUGUGACACUUGGAACUCUCCUGGGCUGGCAUAUCUACCUUACAAUUCGUAAUAUGACAACUAUAGAGUACUACGAGGGAAAACGAGCAGCAUGGCUGGCAAGUAAAUCUGGGAUGAAUUAUCAUCACCCUUAUGACGUUGGUGCUUAUAAAAAUAUAAGUCUGGUGUUGGGUCCGAAUAUGUUAAAAUGGUUAUGCCCCACCGCGGUGUCCCAUAUAAAAGACGGAUUCAGCUUCCCUACUUCACGUGAAUACUCAUAACAUAAUCUCCAUCAGUAAAAGUUUCAGCAGCAAGUGUAAAUCUUGGUCCAAGAUCGUUGCUUCAGAAUGAAGGCAGCUAACAACAGCGAUGCAGAUAUCAUUCUAUAACUUCAAGACUAUUUGCAGUGCCUCCGACACAUUAUAAUCAGCUCGGAGAUUUUCCAAUGGCAUAUCCGUCAACUACUGCAUCAUUCAAAAUUCUCAGUAUACGUUUGUCUGUUACUGUUAAAGGAACACGCAAGAAGCGAGAUUGUUGUACAGGAAUUAUGAUCAUAUUGUUAGUAUGUUGUUUAUACUUCCAUCACUUGUAUUCUUUUGGCUUGGAACUACCCUGUGUAAUAUGUUGAAAGAAUUGAAGGGUAAGGAAAGGAAUUGAUGUUGCAGCAGAAAGUGUUUUUUUAGUA